AACGAAACGGAUUUGAAGAUCUCACAAGACAAAUCACAGCCGUCCCAGUCAUACAUUCGUUUACCAGUCGUACGGACACGCCAGUUAAAUUAUCGCUAGCCAGUCACUCCCUCUUAGUUACCGCAACUUAUACCCGUUUUUGCAAACUCCGCCAUCCAGAACACUGCCCUUCGCUGCACUUCUUGCGCUUCAAGUUUCACCUUACCAAACCCACAAUAACUGGUUGCCUCCAUAGCUACCUAUGACUUCCGUUUCACAUCACUCGCGCCAGCCGUCGCUUGCGUCGACGCUCGCGUCGGCCGCGUCCCCGGCGCAGCAUCCUCAGUCCAUUGGCCCAUGGCGCCUCGGGCGCACGUUGGGUGCGGGCGCCACAGGGCGCGUGCUUCUCGCGACACACGCCACUACCCGGCAGAAGGCUGCCGUUAAGGUGGUUUCUAAGGCCGCGUUGGGCGACGAUGCCUCCCACAACAAGGGCUGCGACGCGGCAGGUUUGCCGUACGGUAUCGAGCGCGAGAUCAUCAUCAUGAAGUUGCUCUCCAACCCGCACGUGUUGCGGCUCUACGACGUGUGGGAGACAUCCAAGGCGUUGUAUUUGGUUCUCGAGUACGUUGAAGGCGGGGAGUUGUUUGACCUCCUCGUAGAACAGGGCCCGUUACCCGAGGCCGAGGCUGUGCGCUACUUCCGCCAGAUCGUGCUCGGCGCCGCAUACUGCCAUGCAUUGGGGAUCUGCCACCGUGACCUCAAGCCCGAGAACUUGCUCCUCGACGGCAACUAUAACGUCAAGCUCGCAGACUUUGGCAUGGCCGCCUUGGAAAGUAACGGCCGGUUGCUCGAGACCUCCUGUGGCAGCCCACACUACGCCGCCCCCGAAAUCGUCUCCGGCUUGAAGUACCACGGUGCCGCCUCCGACGUGUGGUCGUGUGGGGUGGUGCUUUUCGCGCUCCUUACGGGCCGGUUACCGUUCGACGAUGAGAACAUCCGCAACUUGCUUCUCAAGGUCCAGAGUGGGGCUUUCGACAUGCCCGCCGAACUUUCGCGCGAGGCCAAGGACUUGCUCGCGCGCAUGUUGCACGUCGACCCAAAUCGCAGAAUCCCCACCGACAAGGUGUUGGAACAUCCGUUGUUGCGCAAAUACCCACAGACCGAGCAAGACUUGCAGGUCACGGCCGACUUACCGGCGCCGGACACCGCGUCGCGCUCCCUCGGCUCGCGCAAGCGUGUCGACAAGCAGAUCCUUCACAACCUCUCCAUCUUGUGGCACGGUAGACCCGUUGACGAGAUUGUUGACGCGCUUCUCUCGCCCGACAGCUGUCCCGAGAAGACCUUCUACGCGUUGCUCUUGCGCUACAAGCUCGCGCACGAGGACCCGCAGCCGAAGAAGGCGCUGAUCGCGACGUCGCCGUCCGUGUCCCGCGGCUUGGUGGUGUCCUCGUCCGUGUCUCGUGGUUUGAUCGCGUCGCGCACGCCCAAGCGCACAUCCAUCGCGGCGUCCUCCGCGCGCAACCGCGGUACGUCCUUCUCACUCAAAAACGGCUCAGUCUCCUCGGUCACGUCCUCACCGAAGAAGCGUGGCUACCGCUACUCCUAUCUCCAGUCGCCCGGCACACCCGGUCGCUCGCCUGGCCGUUCGCCGGGCAAGGCGCCGCAUUCCCCUAAGAAGCACCCGUACCAGCUGUUGCAGCGCCAGUCGUACCAGGACAUCCCACCGCCGAUCCCUCGAAGCCUUUACGACGAUAUCAUGAAAGUGGAAGAGGAAGAAAACGCCAAAGCGGCGGCGGUCGCAGGUAAGGACACCCGGGAUGUGGUAAACGACUUGGGGUCGGGGUUGGCCCCCAGCGCCAUGGACUUUGACGCGGUCUCCACAAGCUCCAACCUUCUGCCGUCUCGGUCGUCCAACCGCCUUCUGGCUUCCCGAUCGUCCAAGCGCAUUCUGGUUUCACGUUCGUCUAACCGCCUUCUGGCGUCCUCCAGCUCUAACCGUCUUCUGGUGACGUUGACAAAGUCCAAGUCCAAGAACCGGUUGUCGCGUCGGUUGUCAACCACGUUCCGCAACUCUGUCAUGGGCAACGGGCUCAAACGUAACUCAAUCACCUCCAAGCUCAUCUCGACUUACGCCAAGCUCCAUGAGGAGUCUGACUGGGAGUAUAUCGAGAAGUCCGCCAAGCGCACCUCGUUGACCUUUGCCACGUUGAUCGACAAGGUAUUCAACCAGGACGAGGAGGAGGAACGCGAACAAAUCGAGCGGGAGUUGGCGGCCGAAGCGCGCGAGCGCAUUGCGAGGGAGAUCGAGGAGGAGGAGAGACUCGCUCGCCAAGAGAGACAGGCGGCCAGACGCAGCAACAUCCGUAAGAGUGUGUUGAAACCGUCCAAGGCGCCAGAGUUGAUUAUCCACGGGGCAGAUGUGGAAAAAAAGUACCGGUCAACUUCCGGACCCGCCCCUGUCUCCGAGCAUAUGUUGACCAAGAACGACGUUGAGAACUUGAAGCGCCGCGUGGCGUCUACCCAAGCGAGCACUCGGGCCAGACCUGUGUCGCGCUUAGACCCGCGGUGGAUUGCAUAUGAGAACGAGAACGAGGAUGCUGUGUUGCAGAUGGAGAUCGAGAUGGGCAUUGCCGAUCCACAGGCCGUUGCGGAUGCCAAGAAACGGGCAAAGGCCGCCGCCAAGGCCGAGGCCAAGGCACAGGCUAAGGCCGAGAGGGAAGCUAGGAGACGUAGCCAAUUGGACAAGGAAAAAGGCGAACAGGCACGGAGACGGCGGAAGUCCAAGACCAUGGAGGUGUAUGAGAGGGAUGAGGCCACUGGGCCUGUCCGUAGAGGCUCCCACGAAGAGUACCCUGACAGGAGAGCCUCUGACUAUAGAAGAGUUUCCUCUAGAGAUGAGCCAUACGCAUCCAGAAGAGUCUCUAAAGAAGAGGCGUAUGAGUCCAGGAGAAUUUCCCGCUCUUCAAGGGCCGAACCUUCCGGCGCUGCCUCCCGUUAUGAUGCCGCCGACCCUAUGGAGUAUGAAUACACUAGUCGUAUUGCCCUGGUGACCAUCCCUCAAGUGACUCGCAAGUCCAAGCACUUUUCCCAGUCUAACAAGCGUCUUUCGGUCCUUUCCCUCUACUCGACCAAGUCGUCUUUCCACGAUUUGAACUUGCACAUCCGAGAGAGCGCUGCUGCGAGGAAGCAGGCCCAGGUUGACCGCUACUCCAAGUACAACCAGCCGGUGGAGGAGUACGACGAAGAUAGCGAAGCUACCGUUAACCGUACUGGGUAUGUGAACGAAACUGAUGGCACGAUUGAUGAGAGCCAGUUGUCGGACGCCGACGGUACCUUCAAGGCCCCACUUUCACGCAUUGACUCUCGCCCGAUAUCUGAAUGUCCUACCUUGCCUGAGUCGCAUAGAAAACUGCGCUACGCAUCGGGGUCUGAGGAUGACUCUGAGGAUGGAGACUCUGAGGGAGAUGACAAUGACUCUGACGAGGAGCAGGAAGUGGACGACAACGAGUCCGAAGCGGAGGAAGAUGGUGAUGAUACUUACUUCAACAACAUUAAACUUCCUGCUCCGAAGUCUCGCGCUGCUUCUGGCGGCAAGAAGGCUGAGGCCAAGUCUCGGCUCGCCCAGAAUGCCACCAAGAAGUCCAUGAUCCCAGAUAGUAUUGAGGCAAAGACUGCUUCUGAAAAGGAAGCUGUACCAUCUCAGCCACGUCCUUCUUCCUCUACGGUAAUCCAGACCUCUGUGCCCCCUGCUUCUAUUCAAGUUCCGAAGCGUGGUGGCCCACAGCCGGAGCGCAAACCUCUUGACAAUAUCACCAACGUGGAACAGAAGCAUAGCAAGUCCAUCUUCAGACGCUUCUCUCCGUUCGGUAAAAAGGUUGAGGAGGCUCCUGUCCGUCCGGCGGACGCUGCCACGGCCAAUAUCACCUCCGCCGAGCCUGCAAGACAGAGCACUUUCCUCAGCUGGUUUAACAAGAACGCAGCUGCCGACGAAAGAACGGUGGGUUCUAUCCUCACCCAGGUGGAUAUGUUCAACGCGUUGAACUCGUUGUUGUCCACCUGGAGACAGUACGGGAUUCGUGACUUGGAAUCUCGUAAGUCAACAUACAGCAUCACCGGUACCAUCGCGAAGAACGCGUCUUUGAGAAUGAAAAGUGCGAGCUUUGAGAUCAUGGUGAUCCGCCAAGCCGAAAAUAAGUCCAAGGUGUUGUUCACCAGGGUGAAGGGUUCGCUGGAUACCUUUGCCAAGUUUUAUGGCGAGAUCAGGAAGGUAUUGGUUAAGGAAAGCGUUGUCGAUCAGGAAGGGUGAGUUUUUUGUAUAUCCAUUUUAUCUAUUUUUCCAUUAAUGUAUACUAUUCUGUUUGUUUUUAUUCCAUCCUUUAAUUUUCAUAAUCACCUAAGAGUUAUGGUUUUUGCCUAUAAAGGUCCGAG